GGUCACUCCAGAGGAUUGCCCUGACUGUUCAGAGGGCGAAGUGGGACCGUACGGGUGUGCAGCUGCCAAUCCGAGUGUAUCCUGUUGCCCGGAGUCGCAUUGCUGAAGGCCUCUGGGCCCUGCUCCUGUCCAUUGCUCACUUCCUCCUGGCUGUUGUGAAGAUGUGUCGACAGGCUCUGGUGAAGAACAGGAGAGUCGAUCAGUCGCCGGGGGAGCUCCCUGAGAUUGUGGCUGACCUCCCGCUGGGCCUCUUGUCCCACGUCGGGCUGGAAGACGUGCCGGGGCAGUGUGACGGCGUUUCCCCGGGCCACGCUGAGCCGGAGGAGGACAGACAUCAGGCCUUUUCCAUCUACCUGCCUCAGAACAGCAGGCAGUACUGGCACCUGGGGGAUCUGCAGGGCCCAGAGAGUCCAUCCAGCUUGGGGCCUUCCACCGCCUCCUCCUCCUCAUCCAGCGCCCUGGAGGGUGUGGACGGAGAGGCCAGCUUCCCAUCGUCGUCCAGUAGCCGCCUGAGCGACACCAGCAGCAGACAGCUGGACACCAGCAGCAGACAGCUGGACACCAGCAGCGGCGGCAGCAGCAGCAGCACCUUGGUGUCAUCCUCCUCCUGCUCCUCCCCGCUGGACGACAACGCCCAGGCCAGGAGGCACCCAUUCACACCGGGCCCCCAGCUCUCCCCACACCUGCACAGGCAAGGAGCGGCCCCCUCUGAGGCCUGGCACCACCUCAGCUCCAGCAGCCAGGCCUGGGAGCACGGCAACGCCAACAGGCGGCGACCAUGAAGGGCAGCUCCGCACCCGCCCACUGACACACACCGCAACAACCCCCCCCCUCCCCCCACCCCCCCCACCCUCACUUUCA